AUGUGCCCAGUGUCAGCAUUUGAAGCAGAUGCCUCUCAACCCAUUUGCAUACGACGGGCAAAAGCAAUUGCUUGCACAAUCUUGCACAUGCGUUUUCCAAUCGUUUUCACCCGAUCACAGGUCAUUCAUUGUUUCGUCCCUCAGGAAAAGUUGUGCAGCUCAGGAUUCUUCUGGGGGGACCAUCAAUGGGGUGUUGCUUCUGGGGUCAAAUUGACCAUCAAUCUGUGUUGCUUUCAAGGGGUGUUGCUUUCGAGUUCGAGGAUGCGUCGGAGUUACGAACCCGAAAAAGCAGAGGACAUGCACGUAUAA